AUGUGUCGUUUCAUAUUUUACCUUGGAGCACCAAUCCGUUUAUCCACUAUUAUAUCUGAACCAUCACAUAGUCUUUUAGUACAAUCAUUACAUAGUUCAUGUCAAUCAGUUAGUUUAAAUGCAGAUGGAUUUGGAAUUGCAUGGUAUGUUCCAGAUAUUACACCAAUUCCAGGUGUAUUUAAAGAUAUUACACCAGCAUGGUCAAAUAUUAAUCUUAGACAAUUGGCUCGUGUAACCAAGAGUGGUUGUAUAGCGGCACAUAUUAGAGCAGCAAGUGCAGGUGCAAUUGUAAAUACUAAUUGUCAUCCAUUUACAUUUAGAAACUUUAGUUGGAUGCAUAAUGGUUGUAUACCAUUUUAUAAUCAUUUAAAGAGAGAUAUUUAUUCAAUGAUUUCCGAUUCAGCUUUUGAAUUAAUUAAAGGUACAACAGAUAGUGAGUUAUUAUUUGCAUUGUUUAUAUCAAACUAUGAAAAAGAGAUUGGAUACAAAGCAGAGAAAGCAAAGACAAAUGGCACAGUUUAUUAUUCAACCCAUUGUGCAUUGGAGCCUGAAGAGAAACCUUAUCCAUCACAUGUAAACAAUACUGAGAUAAUACCAAAAGUAUUACAAGAAACUAUAUUCCAAAUUCACGAAUUACUCUUACAAUAUGAAUUAAAGAAUGGUUUAUUAUCAAAUAAUACUGGUAGUGAAGGUAAUGUUAAUGGUAAUAAUGGUAGUAAUGGUGCUGGUGCAAGUAAUAGUUGUGGUGGUAGUGGUAGUAGUGGUAAUAACAGUCCAACUGACUUAUUGAUGGAAGGUGCUUCAUUACGUCAAACAAAUUCAUGUUGUAAAUUAAAUUUGGCAGUCACUGAUGGUUUCACUGUGGUUGCAACUCGUUAUGUCACUGGUAUGCCUGAAGCUGCCCAUUCACUCUAUUGGAGUCGUGGUUCAACUAUUAAAUUUGAUGAUGGUCAUUGUCAAUUAGGUCGUUCAACUGAUUCUUCUCCUCAUUCAAAAUCAUAUUCUGAAUCUUUAGUUAUAUCUUCUGAACCUUUAGCUUCUGAUUUCCAAUGUGAACCUGUACCUGUAAAUCAUAUUGUAAUUGGUAAUUCUUCUGGUUAUUUUUCAAUUGAACCAAUUAAUUAA